UGUUUCCAUGGUAACGGAGAGCUGCCUAUGAGGAGAUGGUAUCUAGAUAAGGACACCUUUUCCCAAGGAUCUUUAUAGCCCCCCAAGGGUAGAAUAUGGAAGUUUGAUAGGAGCCUCUCACCUCUUAUCUUUGACUUCCUUGGAAAUUGUAAGAGUGGUGCUAACUUGAUCCCUUUGGGGGUGUUUCUAGGAUGGGUCACAAGCUCUGAUCUACCCACAAUUUUUCAUUCCUGAAAACUUCAUGGGAACAGCUUCAUCAACUAGCAUUAUUCUGGUGUGGCAUCUUAGGGGAGAUAAACACAGCCAAAGUCAUUUGAGAGAAUUCCAGGAAAAGGUUCAGCCUUGAAACUAAAUUCCCUACUCUUCAAUUGGCCACCAUGUCCGACACCUCUUUGAUAUACUGCAGCUGCUGGGACCCUCGAAACCUGGGACCAAAGAAGCUCAUUAGGACUAUCCCGUUCUCCGCCGCCAGAGGGAAACCCAAAUUGUCCCCUAUAUCAGCCGCCUUGAAGGAGCGAAAUUACUUCUUACCACCACAAAUUAAGCCUUUCAGUGGCCCAAGAGGAAAGGUACUCACCCGAAAGUAUGCUUUGCACAGAGAAAAGAAAAUGCCUGAAGACACUGUAAAGGUCUCUCCUGGAUUUUCCUACUCUCAAAGUGAAGACGAAAUCUCAGUUUUGCUGGGAGAUGAGAUGUUUGAAAGGUCAAAAAAACCUAAAGAUAAGCCCGUAGUCAAAGCUUUACUGCCCAGGUCAGAUUUCGUGGCUGACUUAGAAAAUCAGAUCAUGGAACUAACUUCAAUAAUAGAGCAAAUGAACAGAGAUCAUCAAAAUGCUCAGAAACUGCUUAGAGAAGAAAUGGAACACCGGUACAACGAACUCCAGAAAGAAUUUGAAACUAGCAAGAGAGAAUUCAAGGAGACUCACACUUUAGAACUUGCUGCUCUAGAGGAAAAGUAUAAAUCAUCCCUGAAAAUGGAGAAAACAAUCGCACAAGGAAAGCUAGAGGGUAUGGUGAAAGAGUACAAGUAUUUGAAGAAUAUGUUCCGAAUGUACCAGGACAGCAUUGCAGAUGAAAUGGAAGAGAAGUGGUCAAGGCGAAAGGUAGAAUGGGAGAAGAAUGAAAAAAUGGAACGUGAAAAAGUCUUGCUGCAGCAAAAAUACAGAUUAACCAAGAAAUUUGAGGUAGAUGUAGAGGAAGAAAAGAGAAAACUUGAAGAUCUCCAUCUCCAAACCUGUGACAAGUUCAAUAAGGAGAGAGAGGAAUUCGUGAAACAACAUGAUGUAGACCUAAUACAAUUAGAAGAGCUGCAGAAAGCCAAGGAGAUUGUGGAGGAAGAAUUGCAAGGACAGUCUCUUAUUUUAGAAUCAUUGAACGCUUCAUUGUACCAUACUCAAGUGGACCUCCAAAAAGAGAAAAACAAUGUACUUCAACUGGAGCAACUCCUCCAAAAGAAGCUUAAUGAAAUGGAGGAAAAGUAUAAAUUUAUAACGCAGAACCUGACAGAGGAAAAUACAGAAUUGAGGCAUAUGCUAAUCCUAAAGAAUGAAGAGCUUUUCCAAGAAAGGAACAAGCAAGUUAAGCAUGAAAUCUCUUAUCAUGACAGUUUUAUUGAGAAUGAAAAUCAAAACAAAAAGGAAAAAAGUUGACUGUCCCCCAGAGUCUGGAGAAUUAGUGUAAAGAACUUCCUCACAGGAAUGCCCAAGACUCGUUCAAUUCUUGGGGUAGCAUAUUUUUGUUUUUGUUUUCACAACUUAACUUUAACUCAGAGUUGUUGGAAACAUAAAUGCCAUUGAGCCAAGAUUUUCUUUCUCCAACUACCCCCACUUUGUAUUCAUCUAUUGAGCCUUAUUGUUCUUUUGAUUCCCUGCCCAAUGAUGGCUGAACAUUUUGAUGAUGAUAACACAAGGAAUGUUUUCCCUUCACCAACAUUUAUAGAUUAUUAAAUUAAUUUUUCAUUCUGCCCUUACCUAUUACACUAGCUAUAAAAGAUAUAUGUAUGCUUGAUCAUAUCUUUCAAAUGUUAAAGCUGAAAUGGAUCUCCCCAUUUUCCAGAAGAGGAAAAUAAAGACCCAAAGAGACUUUCCCAAAAUAACACAACCAUCUAGUGGUAAAUCCAGAAUUAGGCCUCAGAAUUCCCACUCCAAGCCCAAUAUUCUUAUAAUAAUUGCCACACUUUCCCGUUACCCAACCUUUUCAAAAUCAGUUUGUUAGAAAGCAAUCUUAUUUAUGAACUUGAUAUCAAAAAUAUAUCCUUGAAUCUAGAGUGGCAUGGUUUAGUAAAGAAGGUGCUAAACUAGGGGCCAGAUAACCUGAAUUUAGGAUUCUGGUGCUGCCACUAACUUAUUGGAUGAUCCUCAUCCUCAGGUGAUCCUUGACUCUCUCUAGGUCCCAGGUCAUCAACAAAAAUGUAGGUCUUGGGCAAGAUAAGUCCCAAGAUCUCUUUCUAGCUCCCAAUUCUCUCCAGUUCACUCCAACAUUCAAUAAACUAUAGCUUGGCAAAAAGUUUUUGUGGUUUCUGCAAUCUAUUAUCCAGAAGUUUAUGACUUUGGGGAAACAAUCAUUAGCAAGAUCUAGAGUCAUGAUGAUUGUCUCAGGAAAUUCUGAAGCUAGGAAUAGUCUACUGAAUUGAAAAAAUAUCGGAGUGAAUUAGAUGCUUCCAGCAAUGCUCACUUUCAAGUCCCUCGUUAUAAUUUCAUACAUGAACCUUGAAUAAAAGGUUGAAAAUAAA